CGAACCACCCAGGGAACGCUGCCCGGCGCGACGCGAGGGGCAGAGUCGCCACGCUUUGCGUUGUCGGCGAUUCCAUCCCCUGUAUAUCUGGAUAGCUGGAGUGGCCUCGGUAGUAGUGGUGCUGGCCUUAUGCCUCGCCAUCUGGGGCCCGGGGAUGGAUUUCCCGACCACCGUUGCCCAAGUGCAGUCCAGCGACGGAUCGACGAGUUUCCCCAGGUCCCUGCGCGAUGUCACCGGAGACGCGAUAGAUGGCGGACGAAGGUGCUGACCACCAACGGCCGCUGGCUGUUCGAAGGCAUAAAGGACGGCAUCACCUACGCGCUACUCUACAUCGAGGGCGGUUUAAAAUGGCUCCCGUGGCCGGCGGUGGUCCUGGGGUUGGUGCUGGCGGCAUUCGCGGUGGGUCGUUGGGGGCUGAUGGCCUUCGCGGGGUUCGCGUUCCUAUUCAUCGGAUUCAUGGGGCUGUGGGAACCCACGAUGGACACGAUCGCGCUGAUGGUCGUGGCGGUGAUCCUAUCGGUUGGUAUAGGUCUCCCGUUGGGAGUGGUGGGCGCUCGAAACCAGACCGCCGACCGCAUCAUGCGCCCGAUCCUGGACGGGAUGCAGACGAUGCCCAGCUUUGUGUACCUGAUCCCUGGAAUACUGUUCUUUGGCCUGGGCAAACCGGCCGGUAUCUUUGCCACCAUCAUCUACGCGGUGCCGCCGGUGAUCAGGCUGACCAACCUGGGGAUACGGCAGGUCUCGCCGGAGACGGUGGAAGCGGCCCGCUCCUUUGGAGCGUCUCCGCUGCAGAUCCUGUCCAAGGUGCAGAUACCCAUGGCAUUGCCCACCAUAAUGGCCGGCAUCAACCAGACGACGAUGAUGGCAUUGGCCAUGGUAACCAUAGCCAGCAUGGUCGCGGCAGGGGGCCUGGGCGACAACGUCCUGCGGGCGAUCCAGAAGAACGAGGUUGGCAAUGGCGUGAUCGCGGGUCUGUCCAUUGUUUUCAUGGCCAUCGUGAUCGACCGGCUGACGCAAGCGGUGGCGCGGAGCAGGCAGGAAGCUCUGCAGAGCGGCAAUUAGCAAUCGCAUCGUAACCGAUGGGCGGCCAACAUGGUCGCCCAUCACCUUUUUUGUAUUACGAUUGCGCAACUUUUUGGUACGUUUACAAAUAUUUAUGUAAUGCUCCAUGUACUAAAACCGUCAGAUUGACAGCGAUAAACAACACUGCAAUAAUCGACGGCACUUAAAUCGUCGCCCGGAACUCCCGGCAGAUCACCCCGCACGGAGGAAAACAUCUUGUUAACCAAGUACAGAUUACUGGCUCUGACCAUGGUAUUGGCCGUGGUUACAGUCAUCGUCAUUGCCGCCUGCUCGCCGGCUGAACCACAGAUCGUCGAAGUCACAAAGGUCGUGACCGAACAGGUCGAAGUCGAAAAGAUCGUCGAAAAAGAAG